AACUUUCGUGCUUAGUCCAGUGUAUAACAUCACAGGCAAAUUCAAAUUGAGAAUAGGAAUCAGUUGUUCUUUAACCAUAACCCUUCUAACUUUUACUUAUCCUAAGACCAGGUAGCAAGUAGGGCAGGAGCCUUCAUCUAGAGGGAUGGUGACAGCUCUGAUAGGGGAAAAUUAGCACUGGUCUUUCCUUCCAAAAAGCCACUCUGGCUGCUGCUGUUGACACAAGGCUCCUGGCUUUUGAGACAUUAUUUGAGUGCUGGAUUCCAAUAUUUUUACUUUCUCAUAAGAAAAAAAAAUGUGAAGCAUCUAAGGAUAUCUCCUGCCUUAUUGAUAAAGUAAGCCUCAGGCUGAAUCCAAAUUGCUGAGCUCCAACAGAACUACAGGGCAAAGCAUCUACACAGGGAAUUGCCACUCUUCUCCAAAAUUAGGCUUUAUUAAGAGGCAAGGCUAUGUUCUCCUCAUAUAUAUCUGUGUGUGUGUGUGUGUGUGUGUAAAAAGUAAAUGUUUUACACAGAUCCCCAUAAGGGAAAAGUGGGCUAUAGUAAUACAGUAUUUUUUUGUUUUUCUUUUUUUGGGGGGGGACAGUUUCGCUCUGUCACCCAGUCUGGAGUACAGUGGCGCGAUCUCGGUUCACUGCAACCGCCGCCUCCCGGGUUCAAGCGAUUCUCCUGCCUCAGCCUCCCGAGUAGCUGGGACUACAGGCAAGCACCACCACGCCCGGGUGAUUUUUUUUUUAUUUUUAGUAGAGACGGGUUUCAUCAUGUUGGUCAGGCUGGUCUCGAACUCCUGACCUCAAAUGAUCCGCCCGCCUCGGCCUCCCAAUGUGCUGGGAUUACAGGCGUGAGCCACCGCGCCCCGCCAAAUACAGUUUUAUCAGGAAUCAAAACUGUGCUCUCUUCUGGACUCUCAGCUUUAGCUGUUUGGAGCGUUUAGUCUAACCCUUAACCACUUACAUUGUAAUGUGAAGAUCAAAUUGUAACGACAUGGCAAUAAUAAGGCUCCUAUUGGUUGGGUACCACCAGUUUAUGCCAGGCAUUGUACUGAUUCAUGUCUUUAAUCCUCAAAACGACCUUCCGAGGUCAGCGUUUUUAUUCUUUUUCCAGAGGAGCAAACUGAGUUUCUGAGAAGUCACACUCAAGUUGGUGGCAGAGCUGACGCUGGCAUGGGGUUGACUCCAAAGCUCUCUACGCCACGAGGGUAGGAAAGACAACGAAACACAAGCGAGAAGAAUAAUGAGAACUGGGAUCGUAACUUCAUUAAAUGAGAAGCCAGGAACAGGUGGCGGAGGGCACGCGGUUCGCUGCACGGAGUCGCUCAGGCUCUUUGAAACACCGCGCGGGGGAGCGGGGCGGUGCCGGAAGUCAGGCCAUGGCUUCCGGUUCUCGCGUCGGAAGUGGCCGGUCAGCGUCGCUGCCGGUCUCCAGCGGAGACGGACUCUGGAGUUUGAGCGGCCGGGGCGGCCACGAGGUACUCUGAUCUUCCGUCCUAAACACGUCUGCAAGUCGAGAUGUCGCACCCGUCCCCCCAGGCCAAGCCCUCCAACCCCAGUAACCCUCGAGUCUUCUUUGACGUGGACAUCGGAGGGGAGCGAGUUGGUCGAAUUGUCUUAGAAUUGUUUGCAGAUAUCGUACCCAAAACUGCGGAAAAUUUUCGUGCACUGUGUACAGGAGAAAAAGGCAUUGGACACACGACUGGGAAACCUCUCCAUUUCAAAGGAUGCCCUUUUCAUCGAAUUAUUAAGAAAUUUAUGAUUCAGGGUGGAGACUUCUCAAAUCAGAAUGGGACAGGUGGAGAAAGUAUUUAUGGUGAAAAAUUUGAAGAUGAAAAUUUCCAUUACAAGCAUGAUCGGGAGGGUUUACUGAGCAUGGCAAAUGCAGGCCGCAACACAAACGGUUCUCAGUUUUUUAUCACAACAGUUCCAACUCCUCAUUUGGAUGGGAAACAUGUGGUGUUUGGCCAAGUAAUUAAAGGAAUAGGAGUGGCAAGGAUAUUGGAAAAUGUGGAAGUGAAAGGUGAAAAACCUGCUAAAUUGUGCGUUAUUGCAGAAUGUGGAGAAUUGAAGGAAGGAGAUGACGGGGGAAUAUUCCCAAAAGAUGGCUCUGGCGACAGUCAUCCAGAUUUCCCUGAGGAUGCGGAUAUAGAUUUAAAAGAUGUAGAUAAAAUUUUAUUAAUAACAGAAGACUUAAAAAACAUUGGAAAUACUUUUUUCAAAUCCCAGAACUGGGAGAUGGCUAUUAAAAAAUAUGCAAAAGUUUUAAGAUACGUGGACAGUUCAAAGGCUGUUAUUGAGACAGCAGAUAGAGCCAAGCUGCAACCUAUAGCUUUAAGCUGUGUACUGAAUAUUGGUGCUUGUAAACUGAAGAUGUCAAAUUGGCAGGGAGCAAUUGACAGUUGUUUAGAGGCUCUUGAAGUAGACCCAUCAAAUACCAAAGCAUUGUACCGCAGAGCUCAAGGAUGGCAAGGAUUAAAAGAAUAUGAUCAAGCAUUGGCUGAUCUUAAGAAAGCUCAGGAGAUAGCACCAGAAGAUAAAGCUAUCCAGGCAGAAUUGCUGAAAGUCAAACAAAAGAUAAAGGCACAGAAAGAUAAAGAGAAGGCAGUAUAUGCAAAAAUGUUUGCUUAGAAAGGAUUCAGUUUUGCUUAUUGUGUUGAUUGUAUAAAUGCAAUAAGAAAAUGUAAAGGUUUUUGUCUAUGAAUAUGAUCCCUAAUGUGUUUGACACCUUAGUUCCUUACUGUUUUACAGUUUAGGAGUACUGAUAGGGGUUCAUGCUUAAUAAACAUGUCACAAUACAGUAAGUAAAGUGGUUUUGUUUGUUUCUUUGAGAUGGAGUCUUGCUCUGUCACCCAGGCUGGAGUGCGGUGGUGCACUCUUGGCUCACUGCAUCCUCUGCCUCCCGGGUUCAAGCAAUUCUCCUGCCUCAGCUUCCCAAGUAGCUGGGAUUACAGGCACGUGCCACCAUGCCCAGCUAAUUUUUGUAUUUUUAGUAGAGAUGGGGUUUCACCAUAUUGGUCAUGUCACGUUGGUCUUGAACUCCUGACCUCGUGAUCUGCCCCGCCUUGGCUUCCCAAAGUGCUGGGAUUACAGGUGUGAACCACCGUGCCCGGCCAAGUAAAAUGUUUUUUAAAAUGGUUAUGUGCAUUAUUCAUAAAGAAUAAUGGUGUCCAGUCUUUUUAAACUUGUAAAGACACAUCUUAUUGAAUAAAGAGAUGAGAGCUUAAGUUUGUA